CAAUAAAUUACGAAUUUUAUUUUAUGUGUGGGUGGUGUUGGAUUAAAACAUCGAUCCCAUGGCGAAUACGCGAGCGGAGGUGCUGCGUCUGUACCGCGCUAUCUACCGGGCGGCCGGGAAGAUGCCGACACGAGACCGCACCAACUACGUACGUCGCCGACUUCGUCACGAAUACGACCAGACUCGUGAAGAGAUUAAUCCGGAGAGAAUCAGUUUCCUGCUUCGUCUCGCGGAGACGCAGUUGGACACGGUGGAGGUACAGGCGCAGCAUUUAAAGUCCACCUUCUCCAGCCCAGACUAUCAUCGCACAUAGACCGCCGGUGACCAAUAGAAUGUCACAGUGGCAACCUCUAAGAACUCGUCGUGCUGUUUCCGAUCCUCAUUUGCUGUUCACGGGUGCUAACGUAGGCGAGUAUGUUGUUGUCCCAGGUCGUGUUGGUUUAGACAGCGCUCGAUGCUCCGUCGGCGAAGCUGAUGCAUUAACACUGACUAGACAUACUACGUAGCUGACAAGGACUGUGAAUAAUGACGUAGUUAAUUAAGCACGAUAUCUCGUCUCCAAAGCCGAGUUACUUUUGAUACUUC